AUGACGCCCGAAGCGCUGUACGAAGCGAGUGCGCAGGCCAUGCUGUGGGACGAAGCCAUCUCGAUGGCGAUUGCGCAGGACGUGGAGCCCACGACGUCGCACUCCUUUUACCAGCUGGCCAAGCCCGCCUGCAUGAUGCUCCUCGACCACAAGAGCGACGACGUCGCGGAGAGCAUGCGUUGUCUGCUUGCGUCCCUCGAUGCGUCCGAGACGCCGAUGAUCGUGACCAUGUUUCCGACGCCGCUGCCAGCGGACUCUGGGCUCGAGGCCUUGGGUGCGAUGUGGACCGACCGCGUUCGCGUCGAAGCGAUCCUCUUUGGGUAUCCGCCGACAGGCUACGUCGACCGGCUCCGCGUGGCCUUGGCGCACAUGUUUCCGCGCGACGUGCACUGGCUCGCUUACGACGACAGCGAUGUCAUUGGGUACAUGACACUGCGCUACACGCGCGGCGUGGCGUACCUUCAAGGCGCAGGUGUUCUGGCCACCCACCGCCGUCGCGGCCUCACGCGGCACCUCCUCUCGCUGGCCAUCCGCGACGCCAUGGAAAAGACGUACACGACAAUGGUCACAACGGGCUGCGACGCACCUGCUGAGGCUACGUGGACGGCCCUCGGUUUCUCGCAGGUCGUGGGCACCCUCGAGUCGUACAGCCGCGCGCCAUCGUCGUCCUCUGCCAGUCCCUAG